AUGGGACAGACUGUAACGACGCCUUUGAGUUUGACUUUAGACCACUGGAAGGACGUACGGACCACCGCUCACAACCUUUCAGUGGAGGUUCGCAAAGGAAAAUGGGAAACCUUUUGUUCGUCCGAAUGGCCCACCUUUGGCGUGGGCUGGCCUCGGGACGGCUCUUUUCAUCUUCCCCUUAUUUUACAGGUCAAAUCUAAGGUGAUGGAUCCAGGACCCCACGGUCACCCCGACCAGGUCCCAUAUAUCAUUACUUGGGAGGAAUUGGCCAGAGAUCCUCCUCCCUGGGUCAAGCCCUUUGUCUCCAGCGGCCCUUCCGCACCCCCUUUGCCUCCUCCCCUGACUCCCUCCAGGUCUAGCCUCUAUCCGGUCAAGUCCAAAACCACAUCAGCGGGGACACGGCCUCAGAGACCGAGACCACAGGCUCCACCAGUCCUGCCGCCGGACGACCAACCCCUCCUUGACCUCCUUACUGAGGAACCUCCACCUUAUCGAGAACCUGGCCCGGCGGCAGCCCCAGAUGAAGGAGAAGCGGAGGCUGCAGCCCCGCCGGAACCGUCUCCGGUGGCGGGCCGACUGCGGGGACGAAGGGGUCCCCCUCCAGACUCCUCAACCCAAGCCUUUCCUAUUCGGGUGGGGGGCGAUGGUCGACCCCAAUACUGGCCCUUUUCAGCAUCUGAUCUCUAUAAUUGGAAAAAUAAUAAUCCUACAUUCUCUAAAGAUCCCUCCAAACUAACGGCCCUUAUUGAGUCUAUUCUAGUGACCCAUCAGCCCACUUGGGAUGAUUGCCAACAGCUCCUCCAGGUACUCUUGACCACAGAGGAAAAGCAACGAGUGGUCCUGGAGGCCCGUAAGAAUGUGUUGGGAGCCAAUGGGCAGCCUAUACAACUGCCAAACGAGAUUAACAGUGCUUUUCCCUUAGAAAGGCCGGAUUGAGACUUUGCCAGGGAGGAGGGUAAGAAUCACCUAUGACUCUAUCGCCAGUUGCUUAUGGCGGGUCUCCAUGGGGCAGCGAGACGCCCCAUUAAUUUGGCCCAGGUUAAGUUAGUCACUCAAAAGUCAGAUGAGACACCCUCUGCCUUUCUAGAGAGACUAAAGGAGGCCUUCCUGGUAUACACCCCUUAUGACCCAGAAGAUCCUACUCAGGCCACUAACCUGGCCAUGUCAUUCAUUUGGCAGUCAGCUCCUGAUAUUAGAAAGAAAUUAGAGAGGUUAGAAGGAUUGCGUGAAAGUUCGUUGCAAGAUUUAUUGAAAGAAACUCAUUUGAAAACUCUGUUUGAGAGGGAAGAGACGGGGUUGUUCCUGCUAGGUAAGAAACAGGCGCUCCAAGAUGCUACAGCUUCCUGCCGAGCUUGCGCCACCAUGGUCAACCUCAGCAAAUCAACGGCUAACCCCGGAGUGCGGCCGAGAGGACACCGGCCAAGGACUCAUUGGGAGGUAGACUUCACAGAAAUAAAACCUGGCAUGUAUGGGUAUAAAUACCCACUAGUCUUCGUGGACACCUUUUCGGGAUGGGUAGAGGCCUAUCCUACUAAACAUGAAACUGCCAAGGUUGUGACCAAAAAGUUUUUGGAAGAAAUCUUCCCCAGGUAUGGUAUGCCCCAGGUCGUGGGGUCCGACAACGGGCCCGCCUUCGUCUCCCAGGUAAGUCAGCAGGUGGCCACAUUGCUGGGGAUUGAUUGGAAGCUUCAUUGUGCCUAUAGACCCCAAAGCUCAGGUCAGGUAGAGCGCAUGAACAGAACCAUUAAGGAGACUUUAACUAAAUUAAUGCUUGCAACUGGCACUAGAGACUGGGUGACCCUCCUCCCACUGGCACUAUACCAGGCCCGCAAUACUCCUGGCCCGAAUGGACUUACACCCUUUGAGAUAUUAUAUGGGGCACCGCCCCCAAUUGUACAUUUUCUUGAUUCUGACAUUGCCUCCUUUGCCACCAGCCCCUCUCAGCAAGCACAUCUGCAGGCUUUACAGAUGGUCCAGAAUGAGGUCUGGAAGCCAUUAGCCGCCGCCUAUAAAGACCAGCUCGACAAACCCGUGCUACCCCAUCCCUUCAGAGUUGGAGACUCCGUGUGGAUCCGCCGCCACCAGACAAAGAACCUUGAACCUUGGUGGAAAGGCCCCUACGUCGUGUUACUGACCACUCCGACAGCUGUGAAAGUGGACGGAACCGCCGCCUGGGUCCACGCUUCCCACGUGAAGGCCGCAAACCCCGCCGCCUCCAAGGACACUCCGGAACAAGGACACCCCAUCAAGCCGACUACAACAUGGAAAGCUCAUCGCACCUGA